UCUUGUCAAAGUCCAAAAUUGUCACCGCUCAUUGUGUUGAUUGUUGAAAUAACGCCAAUGAAUAUAACAUUUUUAGCGAAAACAAAGUGAAAAUGAGUGGCCCGAAUGGGAUGCUGUAUGGUGGUGAUGAGAUCGGAGCAUUAGUGUUCGAUCCUGGACACCAUUCCUUGCGUGUUGGUUACGCACAGGAAGAUACGCCGAAAGCUGAUAUUCCAGCGGUUAUUGGAGUAGGACCAGCUACACAUAUACCAGACGCAGAAGAAAAGGUCCCCGAUGGCACUGUUACGCAGAGCGCUACCAAGGCAAAUGAGCUCCGUUACUACAUAGACGUUACAGAGUUGCACGUGCCCCGACCUCACAUGGAAGUGCAGACUUACAUGAAGGAUGGACAAAUUGACAAUUGGGAUCUGUUCGAAAAGAUGUUGGAUUAUUGUUAUAAUAAGGUGAUCCGCUCUCCAUCAGAACACCAUCCAGCCCUAUUCACAGAGGCAGUAUGGACCACCAGACCAGCGAGGGAGAAGCUAGCAGAACUGCUGUUUGAAAAGUACCAAGCGCCUGCUUUCUUUCUGGUUAAGAAUGCUGUGUUGGCUGCGUUUGCUAAUGGAAAGUCGACCGCUUUAGUCGUGGACGCUGGAGCGAGUCAGACAUCGGCUGUUCCUGUUAUUGACGGGUAUGCUCUGGCGAGUGCAGCGGUUCGCUCGCCGGUGGGUGGGGACCACUUGGCGGCUCAAGCGAAAAACAUGUUGAAUAAUAUGCACAUACAGAUGCUACCCAUUUAUAGUAUUCAGAGUAAAGAGGUGAUAAGAGAAAGAGAGAGAGCAAGAUACACAUUGAAGACGCUGCCGGCUGGCCUCACACAGUCAUGGCAGCAGUAUAUGCUGAAGCGGCAAUAUGAAGAUUUUGUUCAUUGUGUAGCUCAGGUAUCCGAGUCCCCGUACGACGAGCGAGCUGUGGCAGCAGUACCAGGGGUGCAUUACGAGUUCCCCGGGGGGUACCACCAGGACUUCGGUCCGGAGAGGUUCAAACUGACUGAAUGUUUGUUUGAGCAGACCUUGGGAGCGGCUCAUUUGGUGUGCGCGGCGUGCGGCGCGUGCGACGCGGACGCGCGGCCGGCGCUGUGGGGCGGCGUGGUGGCGUGCGGCGGCGCGGCGGCGCAGGCGGGCUGGCUGGAGCGGCUGGCGCGGGAGCUGGCCGCGCGCGCGCCCUCCUCGCACCGCCUCAAGACGCACGCCGCGCCGCAGCCCGCCGAGCGCCGCUUCGCCGCCUGGAUCGGUGGAUCGAUUUUGGCAUCGAUCGGCUCUUUCCAGCAGAUGUGGAUCUCUUCGCAGGAAUACGACGAGGGGGGGAAGGGGCAAUUGGAGAGGAAAUGUCCUUAGUAUAAUAAAAUAGUUUGUAAUUUCUUGUGUUUUAUUUGCUUGUAAAUGCGAUGUAUGGAUCAGUGAUCAAUUUGAAAUAAAUGAAGUUCUGGUUUUAUUGAUGUA